AUGGCUGGGGAUGUGGUGUCCCGCAAGGACAAGCGCAGACAGGAGCGCGAUAGGAAGAAACGAGGGACCCGCAAGCGCCAGCGCAAGGACGAGAUCGAUAACUCAGCAGUGACGAAGCGCGUGCGAGCACAUGCGGUGCGUGGAAAGAAGCGUAUUCCAACAGCUCGUGGAGACUCGAGCAUCAGGAAUACAUUUCACGAGUUUUUAGCAGAAGCUGCGAGUACAAAAGGGAAUUCGCAGUCACUGGGUGCAGAAGAUACGGAGAUUAAGAAUUUGGAGCUCAAGUUGGGACUCGGCUCGUCAUCAGGCCCGAAAUCCGAGUCGGCGCUUAAAAAGCUGCAAAAAGAAUACUCGAAGGACGGACUAGGGGAAGACUUUGCGGACUUUCUGUUGGGGCUAAACCAUAUUUCAGAAGUGGUCAAGGCACAGACCCAGCCAAGUAAGUCUACUCGCCAUCGUUCAGACGACGGAGAAAGCGGGAUGGAGGAGGUUGAGGCGACGGACAAUUGUGCGAAAUCAGAGGUAAGCAGUGCUUACGAAGACCACGUAGAGAUGGACGAAGAGACUCGACGCGAGAUGAAGCUGCUAGAAGCAGAGGAUGCUGAGUUUCUGAAAGGCAUGGACGAGCUUCCUACGGAUGAGUCUGAAGACGAGUCAGAUACGGACCUUGCGCAGUUUUGUUCGGAUGACGAGGGGGAGGAAGAUAAAGCCAGCGACGAAGCUCAAGCGAACACGUUGCGAAACCAGCAGUUGACUUGUGGUAGCCCUUACGAGAAUAGUAGUGACGAUCAAAGACUAUCAAAACAGGAAGAAGGCGAAGAGGGGAGUGAUGACGAAAAGCUCAUUAGGGGUGCAGAAAGCAAACAGCAUAAAGAGGCUGGCGAGGAUGCAGAUAAGGAGAGUGUUGCUGUCGUGGAAGAUAUCUACGGUCGACCCGUCAUCAAGUCAGUGAGUGGGUCCGAGACGCCAUUGACAUACUUGCCUCCCCACCUUCGCCGCGAUCUUCAAGCUAAAGCCGAGGUUUCUUCCGCUACAGCGGCUACAGAAAAGUCCGGGUCUUUGCAGCUGAAUGACCAAGCUUUGAGGGAACUGAGGCGUCGAUUGAAUGGCCAACUCAACCGUAUAUCUGAAUCCAACAUGGAGUCUGUCGUCUUAGAUAUCGAGAAGUUGUACCGUGAAAACAGUCGAUCGCUCGUCAACAAGAUAUUGAUGGAAAAGCUGCUUCAGACGACGUGCCACCCGCGACAGGUGAUGGCACCGCUUACGAAGGUUGGCGGUGCUUUAGUGGCAGCUCUGUAUCACAGCGUCGGCAGCGAAGUGGGAGGGUUCUUUGUCGAAAAGUUGGUAUGCAGACUAAUGGACAGCGUGGAGAAGGAGAAGCAACAACGCAGCGAGUUCGCAGGUAUACAGCCUGUCGACCAAUACGAUGGCGACGGAAGGACGUCCAAAGUGCCAGUAAACUUGAUGCUGUUUGUGAUGAUGCUGUACAACUUCGGAGUUGUGCACUGUACUCUCGUGUAUGACCUCUUUCGGGCGUUCGUGAGCAGCUUCUCGUCGACCGACAUUGAGCUUAUUCACCAGCUUUUACUUGUUGGUGGCGCUCAACUCCGCGCGGACGAUGCCGACGCUCUGCGCCAAAUGGUUGCUGCUGUGCAGAAGAAAGUGGGCGAGGCAUCACAAGCGGAUGGCGGAAAACAGCGCGAUGAACGUGUCUGCUUCAUUCUUGACCUUAUUUACAACCUCAAAAAGGUAUCCAAGCACAGUAGUAACCGCGACUCCGGAAGUUCUAGUGGAAAUGCACACGAUGUGUCAUCCCUAAAGAAGUGGCUCGGCCGCGUGAAGACGAGGUGUGGCAACGCCAACAACCCGCUACGUGUAUCGCUACACGAGCUGCUCCACGCUGACGAGGACGGGCGUUGGUGGGUAGUUGGCGGUACGUGGGUCGGUUACCAGCAAAAGUCGAGUGGUGAUGAGGCAAACGCUGAUGCGAGUGCGAAAACUGCACGCGAGAACGACCGGCUGUUGAAACUCGCGGAGAAGCAGCACAUGAACACAGAUGUCCGAAAGAAAAUCUUUGUCGCGCUCAUGGGCGCGACCGAUUGUUCCGACGCCUACGAGCGGCUUCUGCAGCUGCACUUGAAGGAGAAACAGGAACGCGAAAUUGUCCGUGUGGUGCUACAUUGCUGUGGUCAAGAGAAGAAGUUCAACAAGUACUACCUAGUGCUGGCCGAGAAAAUGUGUGAGAUGGAUCCAAGAUACAAAUUUACUUUCCAGCUCGCGUUCUGGGAUAUUUUCAAGAUCAUGGAGUCACAGAAGCCACGACGAAUAUACAAUCAGGCUCGAAUGCUGUCCGGGCUGGUGACGAGCAACAGUUUGUCAUUGUCAUGUCUGAAGGUGCUGGAUUUUACGCAGUUGGAAGAGAAGAGCAUUUUGUUUCUGCGGGUUGUGUUGGAAGAGAUUCUUACGGUGGAGAGCGAACUGGAGAUGGCACAGACGUUCCAGCGUUUGCUACAUUCAAAGAAGGCGCAGCUCGUGAUUGAUGGCCUUGCCGUAUUUCUCCAUCAGCACGUGACGAGCUUCCGCGGCCAACCGGAUCCAAAACUGCGGUUGUUGCUGAAAAAGCGUGUCAAAAGUGUCAAGAGUUUGCUCGACCAACUUGCUAAGGUAGCUGGGUCAGCUUACAAAGAAGCAGCUUGA